AGUGAUAUGAACAACUCGUGACGUGCUUCUUCGUGAUCUGAUCGUGUAAUCAAAACAAACUUCAGUCACGUAGGACAGCUAACGCUAGCUGGAUUACUUUGUUUUAGUUAGCUACUUUUAUGAACAAGUUUCAUUGUUAUUUUGGAUAUUACCGCAGUUUUAUUGCUUGCCUAGAGAACGAAACUACUCUUUUAGUUGAAUUCGGUAGAGUGCAUUCUUCGUUAGCUCUAGUUGUCGGCAUUGUGUUGUAUUCCUUUGUAAGAUAGAUGGCUUGCUAGUCGUCUUAGCUGGAUUGCUGUAUCAUCGGUUUGUUGACCAUGCCUCAGCCCCAGGAGGCUGAGAGGCAGCAGCCGUUACGGCUUGUCCGAUCAUUACCUAGUCAGAUCGAAGCUCCUGUGGUCUUCUGUAACCGCAGUCCUCGCAUUGUUAAGCUAUUUUGGAUCAACUUUCACGGAGAACCACAGUCUUACGGAGCGCUACAGCCAUUGACAGGAAAGAGAAUAAAUACUUUCGUGGGGCACCCAUGGAUGUUUCGUGAUGCUGAGACUGAUGAUCCAAUGUUGGUGAAUAGUAAGGAAAUGUACUUGCCCAGUGCCUUGGAACGUGGUCAGUUGUCGAUGGCUAACAUAACACUACCAGUGUUUUCUUUGAGGGAGCGUUGUCUACAGGUAGUGAGGCAGCUGGUGCGUAGUGAAGAUUUCCCUCGUUUAGAAAUUGCUCGGUGUCUUCAAGAAGAGCUUGCUCAGAGACCUGACAUUCAUGCUGAUCUUUGGAGAAUCAGCCAGAGAGUGGGGCAAAGACUUCUGCAGAACAGAGAAGCACAAAACACUUGAAAUUCUGUUUGUUAGUGAUAAAGUGGCUGUUUUAGGGGUAUUCAACAGAAAUGUAGCCCCAGAAGAAGACGGAACAGGUCACAACAGCAAUGAGAAGACUGGUAGCUGAUAGUGGAAUGGUAUGUGAAAUGACUAACCAAUGGACUAGUAGAUGAGGUGAAACUUGGUGUAUUGAAUAAACAAUUGUGAACACACACACAUACAGACACAAACCCAGACCCAAUCCCAAACAAACAGGCACCACUCCCUACAAUCAGUAACUAUAUACAUACAUAUAGAUAGAUAUAGAUGUGUGUACAAAUUUACAAAUGCACCACAUUGCUAUACUAGCAAGCCAAUUUCACACACAAAUACAUUGCUGUACUAUUCAGUCAAUUUAUGCACAAUAAUUUGAAACUGACAUUUAAAGAUCGGGGGGGAAUUCACCAGCAGAAAUUUGUUUGCUUGAAUUGAGGAAACUAUAUUCACAAACUAAGAAAUGCAAAUUUGUAAUAUGUUAGUGUUACCUUAGAAACAUUUACCUGUUAAUUCCAAAGUGUUGUAAAGUGAAAAAUGACAUUUAGCUUGUAAUUUUGAUGACUAUACCUUUCAAUUUCUACCAAGACAGUUAGCCUGUGCCCUUAGCCAAUUUUACCAUGGAUUUGAACUUUUUUUUAAUGCUUUUUAAAUGUAAAAAACAACUAUGGAGCAGAUUCCUCUACUUAAUAACACAAAGUAAAAUCUAUAUUGAUUUCAA